AUGGCAGUAUCUAGGGAACUCGCGGAAGUUCAGAGGCUUGUAGCAGCUGAGGCAGCUGGCGACAAAAAUGCACAUGGCGAACUUUUGGGAGCAAUUCGCGCGUUGCAGCUAGCAGUGGAAACACCAGUAGAGACGACCUCACGGUUCAACUUCCAGAUUAUGCAGAACAUAUCAAUACGCGUCGCCAUCGAGAAACAAUUUCUUCAUCUUCUCGCAGCCCGAGAUGGCGCGCCUAUCACAGCGUCCGAGAUCGCAAGCAAGACUGGAGAGAACCUUUUGCUUAUAGUGCGUGUCAUGCGUGUUCUGACAGCUGUUGGUCUAUGUGAUGAGGUGCGUAACGAGACCUACGCUGCCAAUGAAAAAACACACUUCAAGGUUUUGCCCGGAUCUAUAGCUGCCGAAAAGCAUCAUUUUGAUUUGGACUUCGGAAUGGGUGGGAGGCUUGUCGAGUACAUGCGAGGCCCGGGCAUCCAGCAAUUUGCCGACGAGCCGGGGGCAACUACCUUAUUCAAAUAUGCCCAUGGUACCGAUGUCAUCUUCGGGCUAUUGGAGAAGAACCCGGAGCAGAAGCAGGCAUUCGAUGACUACAUGGCAUCGCGUCGAGUGGCCAAUUUGCCCCAAUGGUUCGAAAUCUAUCCCGCUGCGGAGAAGUUCGCCGAUGCCCGCCAUGACCCCAAUGCGAGCUUGAUGGUUGAUGUUGGUGGAGGGCCCGGUCAGGAGUUGAUCCGAUUCAAGGAGAGAUGUCCGGACAUUCCAGGUCGCUUAGUGCUUCAGGACCUGCCCUUGACGCUUCGACGCAUUGAUAAGUUGCCUGCGGGCAUUGAAGCGAUGGAAUACGACUUCUUCACACCACAGCCGGUGAAAGGAGCUCGUGCAUACUUCCUUCGCGAUGUGCUGCACAACUGGUCUGAUGCCAAGAGCGCCCAAAUUCUCUCACGAAUUGUUGAAGCCAUGGAUCCUGAGUAUUCUACCUUGUUGAUCGAUGAUUACGUCCUGCCCGACACUGGGGCGGAGCUCAGGGCUGCAGAAAUGGACAUCCUCAUGUGGCUCCACACUGCCGGGUUGGAACGUACGGUGUCUCAGUGGAAGAACCUUUUCGGUAUCGUUGGCCUUGAAUUAGUGAAAAUCUGGCACUCUGCCAGGGGAAAUGAGUCGGUCUUGGAGACACGGGUCCAGCGGAACUAA